UUUCCGUCGGUCCUUCCUCCCUCCCGUCCAGCCGGUCCCUGCCGCCGCGGGGGCGGGCGGCCAUGGCGUUCCGGCGGAGGACCAAAAGUUACCCGCUGUUCAGCCAGGAGUUCGUCAUCCACAACCACGCCGACAUCGGCUUCUGCCUGGUGCUCUGCGUCCUCAUCGCGCUCAUGUUCGAGGUCACGGCGAAGACUGCCUUCCUAUUUAUUUUACCUCAGUAUAAUAUUAGCAUGCCCACCACAGACAGUGAGACGGUUCAGUAUCACUACGGGCUGAAGGAUCUGGUCACCAUCCUUUUCUACAUCUUCAUCGCCAUCAUCCUGCACGCCGUGGUACAGGAAUACAUCCUGGAUAAAAUCAACAGGCGGCUUCAUCUCUCCAAGAUCAAACACAGCAAGUUCAAUGAAUCUGGGCAGCUGGUAGCCUUUCAUCUCAGCUCCUCGGUCUGGUGCUUCUACAUAGUUGUGAUGGAGGGAUAUUUAUCAAACCCGAGAAGCCUCUGGGAAAACUACCCUCACGUCUAUCUCCCCUUCCAGGUGAAGUUUUUCUACCUUUGUCAGCUGGCAUACUGGCUGCACGCCCUGCCCGAGCUUUACUUCCAGAAGGUGCGCAAGGAGGAGAUCCCCCGUCAGCUCCAGUACAUCUGCCUCUACCUGGUCCACAUAGCGGGCGCGUACCUCUUGAACCUGACCCGCCUGGCCCUGAUCUUGCUGCUGCUGCAGUACGUGGCCGAGUUCUUCUUCCACACCGCCCGGCUCUUCCACUUCACCGACGAGAACAACGAGAAGCUGUUUAACGCCUGGGCGGUGGUGUUCGUGGUCACCCGCCUCUUCACCCUCACCCUCACGGUGCUGACCAUCGGCUUUGGCCUGGCUCGGGCAGAAGACCAGACCUUUGACCCCGAGAGAGGAAAUUUCAACACCUUGCUCUUCAGGCUCUGCGUGCUGCUGCUGGUGUGUCUCUCCCAGGCCUGGAUGAUGUGGCGGUUCAUCCAUUCCCAGCUGCGCCGCUGGCGGGAAUACUGGAACGAGCAGAGCGCCAGGAAGAAAGCCGCUGCCCCCACGGUGCCCCCCCGACAGCAGGCCAAGUUCCUCAGGAGGGAAGCCGGCUACCAUGAAAACGGAGUGAUGAAAGCAGAGAACGGAACAUCCCCCCGAACCAAGAAGCUCAAGUCUCCUUAAAGCCAAAGCCCCGUGAGUGGAAGCGGGCACCAGGAAGGAGUCCCGGGGCUAAGCCACCACGCCCUCCUCCUCCUCCGACAGCUGAAAUGCGUCUUCGACAGGUUUCGUGUUUUCCUCUCCCUCCUUUUCUUCGUCCCCUCUUUUUUAUAAACCGUUUUCAAUCAAACCAAAAAUCUCCUUUCCUUUUCCUUCUCCUCGCUGAGCCUCCUUCCUGCCAUUCCUCUGGGCUGGAUCACAGAGAAGCCCGGGAUCUCUCGCUCUCUCUCCUCUGGCCUUUGCUCUUUUUCAGUCCUGGCCCCUCCACCCCCUUUCUUCCGUUUCUUUUCCCCUCCCUCUCCCCUUCUCUCCACAGGUGUGUUUUUAUCACUGUGCAAUCUUUUCUCUGUGUAACGUUUGGCCGGGGGGGGGGGGCGGGGGGGGACCUCACCCGAAGGAACCUCGAUGCCCCCGGCUCGGGCCCCCCUCUGCUCUCCGGUCGCCCUGUGGGGGUGGCAGGGAGAGGCUCCAGGCCCGCUUCCCGUCAGGCCCGGACAAGCCCUCCGGGGCCUCCUGGACUAAAACUACCAGCCAUGCUGCGGCAAGCAGUCGAUGAAUCCUCGAUGAAUCCCGCCUCGGACAGCUCGGGAGACCACCCGGCCCGUGAGAGCCCCGGUGGAGAGAAUGGGCUGGGCUGGCAGGGAGGGGGCAACCCCUGCCCCCCUCCCCGGGCCGAUCCCGGCCACGGUCCUGCCCUCGACCACGUGCGUCAGGAAACAGAAAGACACACCGGUUGGCACUGCUUGUCUCCAUCCCUUCAGGAGUCCAGCUUGGCCCUGGACCAGCUCUUCCUCCCGGACUCUGGCCCACCCCGGACCUCGGGGCUCUCUCCCAGAACAGCCUCCGCCAUCCUCGGCCGUGACUGCCGUGGGCGGCCGACGGUGGGGCGGGGGUGCUGAAGCCCCUAGAAGCCGCUCUUCCUAGUAACUAGGUUUCUUCUGCGUCGGACCCGGGGACCCAUCAGGACCGCCCGGUACUCCUGCCCCUCCGGGCCGUGUCGAUGCCCUUCCGGGCCUCGGGGCCCUCGCCGCACGUUGUCUUGGUCCCGAGCCCCGGUUCCGAGCAGCCACGUCCGACCGGAAGCUGAGAGGCCCGGCUCCCCGGUAAAACCCCGGCCCGUUCCUGGAAUUGACCCCGGCCGGCCUCUUGGAAGGUCCUUCAAGGAGGAGACCUGACAGGAGGAUCCGAGCUGCCAAAUGGGAUGUGGCCGUCUCUGGGACACCAGCAUUUGCUUCGUUUCAGGCUGGCGCUCUGACGCCUUUCGACCGAGGGAAGAAGGGAGUCGGGGAGGGAGGGAAGGAAGGAAAGAGGGAACGCCUCCCUCCUCUCUGCCCUCCUGUUUCCUGCUGGGGAAGGAGGCGGAGAUAGAGGGGCCGGGAUCGGCUUCCGAAGCGGGUGCAGGGUGGGAGGGAGAGAAGAGAUGUAUCUGUCGGUCAUCUCCCCUCCUGCUCCCCGUUCGCGCUCGUCCACGGGACCCCAAGCCGGGCAGCUGGUCGGGAGUUGGCCAGUCUCAGGGAAGGACGGGGGCCAUUUCUGCGUCCUGUUUAGUUUGAGCCACGCCCUGGGGCGACGUCAACAGCUGGCUCUCUGGAUUCUCCUCAGGAGAGAUAGUGGCCGCCGCUUGCCAGACGGCCCCCAGAUGAGCCAGCCGUUUGUCCCACCUCCCCACCGGCCUCCCGGCCGCGGCCUCGCCGUCCCCGCCCCUGCCUUUCCAGCCCCGCGGCCAGCAGAGAGUCCCGUUUCCUACCAGAAGCCGGGGCGAGGGGCAGCUGUGUGCCGAGGUAGAGUGAAGCUUUGCCCUGACUCCGGGUUCACCAGGGCCCUGGGUUUUAUCCCCUCCGCAGAGUUCCCAGGACACCUCUGUGUGGUCCCUACACCCCAGAGAAUGACUUCGACUCGGUUUUCUCCAGAGAAAGAGUAGGCAGAAACUGGGUCAGGGCGGGGUCGGGAUGUGGGCAGAAAGUGUAGGAAUGAGGGCCCAGCCUGAAGAGAUCGAGGUUGGGGUGUCAGCCAUUUGGCCAGAGAAAUCUUAGCCCAAGCCCACAGCGGCAGCCUGCUUCUGGGCUGCUUCAUUUCAGCCGCCACAGCCCAAGUGGAAUGGGCGAGUUGUCAGGAGGGUGCCCCCUCUGCCCGGCUUCCAGGAGGGCAACCCAAUUUGCCCCGGCUACCAGGAGGAACCCCCUCUGUCCUCCCGGUGUUGGAUCUCUUGGCCACAUCCGCUGCCGGCUGGCCCUGAUUCACGGCAGCGGUUGUGGUUAGGCUCCCUGUAUCCCAUGCGUUCACCCCGUGUCCCAGACGGAAGGGCCCCGCCACCUGCCAAGUGCCACUGGUACACACCUGGCCCCCGCCCUCCUCCGCCUCCCAACACCCUCUCGCCGGGGCGGGAGUAUAAGGGUUGAAUCUACCUCAGACGCCACCCUGGGUUCUCGUGCCUUACUCUGCGUUGGCUGACGGCGCUUUGGGAAGAGGGAGAGCGGAGUAGGUGGAUUCGGGACGGGCGGUUGGACGUCACUUUGGCAGGCGGGGAUGGGCAGCUCGGGGGCAUCGGGUCCCUCUCGUGGGAGCGUCACUUCGGCGCUUCGAUGGGGCAUCUUCGGCUGGGCCCCAGGCGUGGCUGUGGCAGGUCGGUGGCGCCGCGGUAAGUCGCCGGGGAGAGGGCUGGGCGGGGGUGGGAGGACCCGGCUGCGCUGUAGUUACAGAGAAAAAGAGGGGAGGGAGCCGAGGGUGGGGAGGAGCUGCUUCCCAUCGUUUACAGUGGCACCCGUGCCCACCCGCCUAGCUGGCGCAGGCAGUGAGAAUUCUCUGCGUUCCCUGGCCGAGAAAUGGCCUCGCUGACCAAGGAGGCCCCAGAUCCCACCCUGGCAGAUUUACCUCUGAGCGGAAUCCCUCUGGGUCUAGCGCCUCUCCAGCGGGUUGCUUUAGUCAAAGGAGAGGAACCUCUUCCCGACACAGUGUCGGCUGACCUGCCCCUGGUCGGGCCAAGAGGAUCAUCCCCAGGUGCCUGGUAGCAGGCAGCCUGGCCCCAGUGGAAAGAGUCAGAGGACCUAGGUUCGAAUCCCAGCUUUGCCACUUGCCCGCAGGGAGACCUCGGGCAAGUCGCUUCUCUGAGCCUCGGUUUUCCGGCAGAGGAAAUACCUAUUCUAUUCUCCUCCUUAUUUGGGCCGUAAGCCCCAUGUGGGAUGGGGCCUGGGUCCAUCCUGAUUGUCUCAUAUCUCUACCCCAGCACUUAGUAUGCUGUCUGGCACACAGUUAGCUCUGAAUAAAUACCAUUUAAAAACAACCCCAACAACAACAAAAAAGUAACCCCUUGUGGCCCGGCAGUGAUGGGUUCAGGCCGGAUGAUGGAUAAUCUCAGUCUUUUUCCUCAGGCUUGAAGCGGGCUCCCUUCCAAACCCUCCCCCGUGGAUCUAGCUGUCUGUCUAUUUCUCCCCUCCCCUCCUCCCUCCGCUUUCCUGGAUUACCGCCCCUUCCUCCCCCGACACCCAGCUCCUCCCAUUCCCACAAUAGAAACCAGCCAUCACCAGCAAAAAUGGAAUAUUCUCAUCUCCCCUCCCAUCAAUCAAUCCAGUGGUAUUUAUUGAGCGCUUACUGUGGUAGAUUACAAAAGAAUACGUAAAGACGCGACCGUCGUCCUUAAGGAGUUGUCGUCUAGCAGAUUAUAACGGAGCGUGACCGUCUCCCGUGCCCCUCCCUACCAUCCCAAGCCUUCCACCCGCCUCGUCUACAAGGGUGGCACCCGGAACCAAAGGGCUACCGGAAAAAGCAAUUCAGACUCCCCAGAACCCUGCGGCCUGGGGAGGCGGCCCCUCUCCCCGGCUUCUUUACAGCGGUUUUGUGAUUCCCACAAGUAGAUCGUUACCCUUUUUGUAUCGGAAGUGCCUUACAUUGCCAUAUAUCUUUGUAUUCUUACAUAUGUACUGUACAGAUGGCCCCAUCCACUGCCGGAGAGCCCGGCUGUGGGCCCCGGGCAGCCUUGAACGUCACACCCGAGCGGGGUGGUUUGUCAACGGGUCGGGCUGUCUCGGUGGGGGGGCCUCAUCGGUUCCUCUGUCUUCGUUUUAGUUCUGGCAUUUUAGCCCGUAGAGUUUUGUGUUUUCCUUGACCCUCGUUUCGGCGGCCGGGCUCGGCCGUCCCCAGUCACGGCCCGGUCGGGAGGCGGGAGAGGGUGGUCGACGCCUGCUCGGCGGCGUGGGGUUCAGCUGGCGUCCGUCGUUUUCUCUGCCUCCCCUCGGCUCCUGGUCUAGAACCACAGCCCAGGCUCGCCCGCACCCCCUGGGCCCUCUCCCGACUGAAGUACUGUACCUCUUACCGAACCCCCUCUCUCUCCCGGAUCGAUUGCCUCAAUUCAACCCAAAGUGUUGGCUCUUACGCUUUGCCUCCUUCCAGAUCCGAGGGUUGACGCUCACGAACACAGCUGCCCGUUGCAGAGAGAGCCGAGCCGAUGACCCCCGGUGUCGUACAACUCUGCUCUGGAAGUUCUCAAUUCAGUGUUGUCUAUGUUAUCUCCCCCCCCACCCACACACCCGGGGUGUGCAAUAGCCCUCCCAGGACCUGUUCUCGACGUGGGCCUGUCCACGACGAAACCCUGAAAAUGGGAGGGAGAUUGGGAUCGAUUGGAGGGGGACGCUCCAUCCCGGACCCCAGGGAGACUCCAAACCCUUUCUCUCUCUGGUUGGUCUCUCCAGGCUCCGGGUCUCGUCGGCAGUCUGACGGAACCGGGAGCGUUUUGUAGAAACCGUUUUCAUUUUUAUUUUUUUGGACUUGUUGAAUACUUCCUCGCGACGGGGCAUUAGUAAGUCAUUUUUGAAUCUGAACCAAGCCCCUGGAGGGAGGGGAGGUGGGGGCUUAAGGGAUAACAUUCGGGUCGGGGGGGGGGCUUAAGGGAUGUUGAGACUUUGCGGGCUUCCCUCUUCUAUCUGUGGGAGGGGUGGAGAGAACGUUUGCUCCGAAGUCUCAGCCCAAGCGGGUGACUCAAAAUUGAACCCGGGCAAGGUCGGGAGAUCGGGUGAGGAGGGGUCAACAGCGGCGCGCGGUCAUUCCACCCUCCUCCCGGGGCCCCGAACCACCCUCCUUACGUACGAUGGGCUCCCAUCGUCUUCCUUUCCCCCCUUCAUCCCGUUCGUCUUGCGGACCAAAUUUCAACAAGGAUCUCAAGGAAAAUUUGUACCUGCCGUAUUUAUGCUUUAGUGUUAAAGGGUUUGUGUUGUUUUUGUCUUCGUUUUCGGUGAGCCGUUUCCGAAUUCCUCUCCGUGUAUUUUGUUCCCCUGUCCGGUUUAAAAACGAGCUACCAUUUUGUAUGGAAUUUUUGUUAGUGUGCGUUUCGAAAACAAACGACCCACAAAAAUAUUUUCUGAAAUAACUGCAUAAAAAGCAUAGAAUUAUCACUCAGUCA